UCAAGUGGAGAUGGCACCUUGCUGUGCAGGAGGCUCACCAGCCUUUCUUCCUUUCCUCUACCCAUCUCUCUUUCUCGCCAGGUUCCCAAAGACAAGCAGGGCCGUCAAGGUCAGACACCAUGUAACGGAGACGGCGUCGGCAGAAACAACCUCUCCGUCGUCGACAUCAUCUAGGCUUGACCCCAGUCCUGACGACUACUAUAUCACCAACUUUGCCGACAAGGCCAAGCUGAGUUUAUUUGCUGGUGCUGGUGGCAAUGGCUGUAUCAGUUUUGCCCGCGAUGCCUACUUGCCGGAUGGCCCACCGAACGGAGGCGACGGCGGCCAUGGCGGCAACGUCUACAUCCAGGCCGCCUAUGGCGAGACGUCUCUUCACAAGCUAGCACGACGACAGUUCUUCAGGGCAACGAGAGGCACCAACGGUCAGGGCGGUACUAGGUCUGGGAGGCGAGGUGAAGAUCUCAUCAUCACCGUGCCCGUGGGCACCGUUGUUCGUGAGAUCAGCCGGGAGGAUCCUGAAGCAGACGAAGAAUUCCGCAGACGGGCAGCACGGUCGCGCAAAUCCCUCGCCGCACCAGGAGAUGGGCAGUCGGAAGAAACCUCGACAGCACAGUCAUCAUCCUCCUCGUCAGCAGAGGAGUCACAAUACGACAACCCCGAAAUCGAGAAGUGGGUGCUGUACCCAGGCAUAGCCUCUUCCGAGAAGAAAAAAAUCUGGAUUCCCGACCUCCCCAGACGCGAGAAGCUCUUUGCUCAACCACCUGCACCUAUCCAGCUUGAUCUGUCCAGACCCACACGGACCCCUAUUCUGCUCGCAGCAGGUGCCCUGGGCGGGCUCGGAAACCCCCACUUUGUUUCCAGGGAAGUACCAAGACCGCUGUACGCGACCAAGGGGGACAAGGCCGUCUCGAUGAAGAUCGAGCUGGAGCUGAAGCUUCUCGCGGACGUCGGGCUCGUGGGCCUCCCCAACGCGGGAAAAAGCACACUCGUGCGAGCCCUGACCAACAGUCGCGCGCGGGUAGGCGCUUGGGCUUUCACGACUCUGCAGCCCAACAUUGGCACCGUUGUGCUUGACAACAACCGUGGCAGGCCCAUCGUCACGAGCUAUCACCGGCAGGACCCGGAUGAAACCUGGGAGGGGGAUGUGGACGUAAGGCAGCGCAAGAGGUUUACCAUCGCAGACAUUCCUGGUCUGAUUGAGGGUGCUCACCUCGACAAAGGUCUGGGAAUUGCGUUCCUUCGUCAUGUAGAGAGGGCCGGCGUGCUGGCUUUCGUGAUUGACCUGAACGCCGGGAAUGCGGUCGCGGCACUCAAGUCGCUGUGGAAUGAAGUCGGCCUCUAUGCACAGAUGCGAGAGGAGCAGGAGCUGGACCGCGAACGCGAAGCGAGGAUUGAAUAUGACCUCAAAGCAGGGCUUGAUGGACCAAACUUUGGUCAAGAAUGGCCGAUUCACUCCGAGUAUCCGUCCGCGCCGGAAAACCAAAGGGGUCUUCACAUUGCAGCGAAGCCGUGGUUUGUCAUCGCCACAAAGGGUGACCUGCCGGGCGCGAAGGAGAACUUCAAGGAGCUCCGAGAGUACUUGACCAAGGUGACCAACGGCGACGCGCCGCAUCCCAGCGGGAUUGAGAAGGCAUGGAUCAAGGACUGUGCGGCUAUACCAGUCAGCGCUAUCAAAGGACAGGGCGUGGACAGGAUCAUUCACUGGACCGUGGGACUGCUGGACGACUAGCUCCGUCAAAUCUAUUGGAGACUGCAGCUUGCCAUGAUUCUAGCAAAGUGCUGUUCGAGAUAAUGAGAUUGGAUUCCUGCCACCAU